UGUAAAAAUGUUGCUUUCACUAAUUCCAACAACAUUUGUAUUUUUUCUAUUAAGUCCAGUCUCAUCAAGUUAUGAUGACAUCAACAUCAACAAAAUCACGGAACGAUUCAGUACCAUUUUCGGUACCACCAAUCUAAAUAGCGAAAUCCCGGACCAUAAAAUCGCCGACGAAGUUUACGAUUUUAUUAUUAUCGGUUCGGGUUCAAGCGGCUCAGUCGUCGCAAGUCGACUUUCUGAAGUACCCUCAUGGAAAAUUCUCCUCCUCGAAGCCGGUAAUGCUGCCAACAUCCUCACAAAAAUCCCCAUAAUGGCACCACUGUUCCAACUAACACCCUACAACUGGAACUACACCAUGGAACCUGAACCCAAUGUUUGUCAAGCCAUGGAAGACCAAAUCUGUGCCUGGCCACGUGGUAAAGCGUUAGGUGGUACCUCCGUCAUCAACUACAUGAUCUAUACACGUGGAAAUCCCAUAGAUUAUGAAAAAUGGGCCGAGGUGAGCCCAGGAUGGUCGUACCAAGACGUCCUCCCGUAUUUCCUCAAAUCGGAAAACUGUAACUUGGGUACUGCCUGUACCAGCGAGUACCAUAACACAAGUGGGCCUCUAUCAGUCGAGUACCCUUUCAAAUCACCGAUAACCGACGCUUUUCUCCAAGCUGGACAAGAAUUAGGAGAGGAAAUCGUCGAUUACAACACACUUAAAUACAUGGGUUUUGGGCAACUCCAAGCAAAUCAGAAAUUUGGACGAAGACAUAGUACUUUUGAUGCCUUUAUUGCCCCCAUAAUCACACGAAAAAACCUUCAUAUUAUUACAGGAGCCCGAGUUACCAAAAUUUUGAUUGAUCCAAACUCCCGGAAAACACAAGGAGUUAUUUUCGAAAAAAGAGGCCAAAACUUCAAAAUCCGAGCUUCCAAAGAGGUUAUCCUUUCAGCGGGUGUAUUCAACUCCCCACAACUCCUCAUGUUAUCAGGGAUAGGACCCGAAAGACACCUCCAGGAUUUGGGGAUACCCCCAAUUGUGAAUUUACCAGUUGGACAAAACCUUUACGACCAUUUAGCAUUUUUAGGGGUUGCUUAUACUAUAAAUGUCACAGUUGAGCCCCGAGAAGCCUUACUCAACCCUUUAGAAGGGUUGAAUUGGUUUUUACGGGGGAAAGGGGUUUAUACCAGUUUGGGAGGAGUCGAAGCUAUAGCAUAUAUCAACACUGGGUCAAUUCCUAGGAGUAAUUACCCCGACAUUGAGCUAAUUUUCGUCGGGACUGGUUCCCUCCAAUCCGAUUUUGGUCUAGUCGUAGCAAAAGAAAUCCGUCUCAAACGCAACAUCUACGACAAGGUUUUCAAACCGAUUGAAAACACCCCAAGUUGGACAAUUUUCCCCAUGUUACUCCACCCCCAAUCCAAGGGCUACCUCCAACUCAAAUCAACUAACCCCUACGACCCUCCCAUCCUCCACGGCAAUUGUUUCACAGAUCCUGGCGACCAAGACAUCAAAACUCUCCUUGCAUCAAUCAGAUAUAUCCAAACACUGGCCCAAACUCAAUCUUUCCAAAAAUUCGGUUCAAAACUCCACGAUAUUCCUCUCCCAACCUGCCAAAACCACAUUUUCGAUUCGGACGACUACUGGAUUUGCGCCAUUAAAAGCUUGAGUACGACUCUGCACCACCAAAUUGGAACUUGCAGGAUGGGUCAGUUGAGUGAGCCUCAAACCGUCGUUGAUCCGAGGUUGAGAGUGAGAGGAAUUGAGGGGUUGAGAGUCAUCGACUCGAGUGUCAUUCCGGUCACUCUGUCAGCCCAUACGAAUGCGCCGUCGAUCAUGGUUGGCGAAAAAGGAGCAGAUUUGGUUAAAGAAGAUUGGUAUUCGAUUUAACUUUUGUUGCAAGGUGAGAAAGUGGUCGCGGUCAAGGUUCGAAACGGAAGGUUGGUGCGGAUUAUGAAAUGGUGGCGUAAUGUGAAAAGUCUUGAAUAAAAUAUGGAGUGGUCUUGAAAAUUUCCCAAGCAGAAAAUCCCAUCAUGAAAAUGUAUUUCAAUUUGAAUAAAAAAAACUUGACGAAAUAUGUAUAAUUCUUGCAUAUCCCUGACAUUUAAGUAAUUAAAUUUAAUUUAAUUUUAAUGCAAAAA